CUUACAAGUGUGAGAACUUUUCUUUUCGUUUUAAGUGACGUGUACGCGUGUGCUUUCGUAUUUGGUGUGUUGAAUAUUUGUAGGAGUGGAGCAUUGCUUCGCACACAUUGUUCACUCUCUAAGUUCCUGCGCAUCGUGCAAACCAAAUUGAGGUGCUGAAAGAUGGCGAAGUCAGGAGGAGGCGCGGCAAGUAUCAACGAUAGCAUUGCCCCAUUUUGGAAACUAUGUGUUCAGGUUCCAGCAUAUUCAUUUCAAUCGAGGUGAAAGCACGCAGAGUUAGUCUCGCCUUGGUCACUGCCAUUGCCAAAGAACCGCGGUAUACCGUUUCUGAUCACCUUCUAGGCAACUAUAGCAAUUUAAGAAUCUGCCAAAUGUUGACUUUUGGGCAAUCAUGCUCACCUGAUUCAUCACAUACGGUACGCCUGGCAGUGAAACUCUUCAAGGCUGAAAAGUAUGCAAAAUUGCGAUGAUUCCUGGCGUCGUAAUAAGCAUGGCCAAUGAUCACAAUUUUCGUCGGCAGUAAGGUUGAUCAUGAUCUGCAUUGAUUGCGUAGCGCAGACUACGUAAUCAUCGCCUCGGUGACCGAAGGCAGCAGUACUUAUGUAUUUGGAACAUCCGUCAUCUACACGAUGGUGGUAUCAUCUAGCUGACUUCUAACUUCAUCAUACUAAGCGUCGCAAUCAUUCACCAGAUCAUUUCAAACAUCUGCCAAGUUGAAAUUAUUGAAAUCAGGCACCCAGUGCGUGGAAACCAAUCAAUCAAAGCCCUCGAGCCUUUGAGAUGCCUCUCACCGAAAGAACUUGUUUUGUUGAUGUACAAAUGCACGCACGUUGUCAAUAAAAUUCCAAAACUUGGAAUUCAAUUAUUCUCUGCAUGUUCGUCAAAUCAAGAUUCAUAUUGAUCUUAUGCGGCGGCUGCCUAAGUGCAUUUAUUCGUGGGGCUUACCCUCCAGCGAUGUAAGAAGGAUGAACAUGCAACUUCACAUCAUAUGAUAUGAUUCCCCUUGCAUUUUGAAAAUGUAGUUCUCAAUCAGAUUUGUUCCUUAGUUUUGAAAUCAACAUUUUGCCAACUUAAUUCUCCUCUUGCGAUAAAUUCAUGCCUUCUUAGUAGUCACACUGCAGUUUGCACAAGACCUGACAUAUCAAGAAAACAUCUAUUACACGAUGCUUCCACUCGUUCUAAAGUAAUUAUCAGACAAUCACAAUGGAUCCAUAUCAAUGAUAGAUGGCAUGUAUUCCACUCACAUCACCACCAAAUCCUCAUCAAAAACCAUGCUUACAUCUCACUCCGCCCUGAAGUCCCGUUUACGCCGCUGCUGCUGUGCAAUCGUCCUCUCCAACAUCGGCGCCGCAUACGGCAUAACCAAAAGUAGCAUCGGAAUCUCUGCAGUCAUACACCCACCAAUCUCCAUCCUGAUUACCUCCACCCUCGUCGCUCCCUCCGCUCUACACACAAAUUUCCUCCAUCUCGCCGCGGAUCUCUCCGUCAGACUCAGCUGUCUCGCUUCUGGCUUUAGCAGUGAGGUGAUUGGCGACGCGGGAGUAAGAGGCGCGGCAAUGCAACCGAAGAUGUUUAUCGGGAUGGCGUUGGUGUUGAUUUUUGCGGAGAUAUUGGAUGAGCCUCUACGGAUUAAUCAUCGCCCUACUCAUGAUCACGCAAGCAACAGUCGGUGCUACGCACUAUAA